GUCCUGUAUGCUCGCGGAAUGUGCUGUUUUUUUUCUCCAAACAAACGCGACGACGAAUAUUCAUGUUUUCGUUGGAACCCCAAAAGAUAUCCGAGUACGCGCGUCUUUUACAGUGCUACAGAGUGAAAGGAACAGUCGUUGUCAGUGAUACAGUCGUCAAUUGAUCAGUGUUCUGCGAAACAGUAAGCCUUUUCUCGUUACAUUUCAGCGCUCGAUUCCUUCGACGACGACGAGCAAACGAACGAACGAAUCAGCGAGCGAACGAGCGGAGCAAAGGAGCAAGCAAGAGGAACACAACAUGUCCGCUGUCCAGGUUGGCGUCAUCCGUGGAGUUCUUUUGUUUAAAAACGGCACGAUGCGAUGAUACGUGCGCGAUUGCGGCGUCCGGCAGUGUAAAGGAGCAACGCGAUGCGUCGCGUGACGGCGGCGUACGAUCUCGCGCGUACGAUCAUUUCGCACGUGCAUUGAACGAUGACGGAGCCGGAACUCUGCCGGCUAUGCGCCGAGACCAAGGAGAAUCUUAUCGGGAUCUAUGACGCUGAGGGCCAAAAGCUCGCGAUCGAGGCUAAGAUUGCCAAGUGCCUGCAAAUACAGGUUCUAAUAACGGAUGGUUUGCCACUCACAGUUUGUAUAGAUUGCUGUGUUCUGUUGAAUCAGUGCAGUGAUUUCUUUGAGAAAACCAAUCAAGCUCAAAUAUCGCUGAGACAACUGCUGAUAGAUACAAAGUCUGAGUCCCAACCAAUAGAACCAAAUAUAGAUUAUGUGGAGGAAACUGUGGAGUUUCCAAAGGAUGAGGGCAAUAAUAGAGAAGAGAUAGUUGAAUGUCAAUUGCCUGGCAAUUACAUCAAUGAGACAGUUAAUACCUCAAAUGCUUCUUACUUCAUUGAGGAAUAUAAGGACGAAUAUAAGGAAUAUAAGGACGAAAACCCCCAAAACGAAACACAGGAAGCACAAGACAACACAAAACAGAAAAAGUGUAAGAUACAGAUAAAGAAGAGCUCUCCUAAACAAACUAAAAAAAGAUUAAAAAAGAAGAACCAAAUGCAAAAGAUGGAGGAGACCGAACAUCAUAUAUCUUCUAGGAUAGGAAAAAAACAAAAUGAUGCAACUAUGACAAAUAAUUUGAAAAUUGUUGAUAAUUAUAUACCUGACACAGAAUCAAAAUUAGAAGUGAUAGAAACACGAACAGUGGAAACAACAAAACAAAAGAAAAAGACAGAAGGUUUAGAAAGAUAUCCUUGGCUAUGUACAGAUUGUGAUGAUAAAUUGCCGAGCUUAGAAGCGCUAGAGGAGCACCAUGAAACUGUGCACAAUCAACAAGCUAAGUACAUGUGUGUACAAUGUUGUAAAGUCUAUGAUAAAUAUUAUGGGUUUCUCACUCAUGUCAAGAGGCACAAGAAUAAAGCAAAGUUUAGUUGUGAAGAUUGCGGAAAGUCAUUUGUACAUAAAAAGGUUUUGGACUCUCAUAAAACAAUACAUAGUGAAGAACGACCAUAUGUAUGCCAAACCUGUGGAAAAGCUUUCAGACAACAAAGUGCUCUGUAUAUUCAUAAUCGUUGCCAUUUACCCGAUACUGUGAAAAAUAGAUAUCCGUGCGAUCAAUGCGAUAAGAGGUUUUCUACGAAACCUAAUCUUGUUACGCACAAGCGUAUUCAUUCCGGCGUGCGGAAUUUCACGUGUGAUCAAUGUGGCAAGAGUUUUAUACAGAAAGGAAAUUUGGAAGCUCAUUUCUUGACCCAUUCGGCAGACAAGCCGUUUAGUUGCACUCAGUGUCCAAAAGCAUUCAAAACGCAAUUGCAAUUAAAAAAACAUGCAACAGUGCACACUGGUGCAAAGCCACAUCAAUGUGCUGUUUGUGGAAGAACCUUCAGGGAGAAAGGGACUUUAAGAGAGCAUCACAGAAUUCAUACUGGUGCGAUGCCAUUUACCUGCGAGUUUUGCGGAAAGUGUUUUCGUUUUAAAGGAAUAUUAACUACCCACAGGCGACAACACACCGGAGAACGCCCCUACAGUUGUUUAGAAUGUCAACAUCACUUCACAAAUUGGCCAAACUACAACAAGCAUAUGAAGCGUCGUCAUGGAAUUAAUACUUCUCACACCAAGCAUUUAGCUAAUAAUCAGCAGCAAUUGCAACAGCAACAAUCAACAGCACAAACGCAACAACCUCAAAUACAGCAGCCUUCCGCAGAAAAUUCACUCUCUGUACCUCAAGGGGAAUCAACUACAGUACAAGUGAUACAAGCAGUUCCUCACGCUUCGGCAUCGCAGCCGAUAGUCAUUCAAGCUAUUCCAACAACCACUAUUCAAACUUUUCAAAGUGAUGUCACUGGUACCGUUCAAGAAGCGGUGUUUAGGAACCGAAAUACGACAUAUUUCAACGCAAUGCCAACCGCAUUGCAAAAUUUUCUGCCAACGAACCUACAAUAUAACUUCUAUAGCAUUUCUAAUGUUACAGAAAACGACUUAAUGCAGCAUAGAUAAAAUUAUUUGCUCAAACUGAGCUUACAUAAAGACAACUAUGUCUUUGUGCUGAUUAAUAAAAAACAAAAAGAUUGAAAAUUAUUCGUGCUUGAUAAUUAUGUUACUAAAAAAAAAAAACAUGGAUUUGGUAGAAAAAAAAUAUAUU